AUGAAUGACUCUAAGGCUCUUCGUGUACUGUUCAAGUCCCCUGUCACUGACGACAUGAUUCGGUUUUUGACAAACACCACGCUGCGCGUGAUACCCUGUGCGAAGGAAACCAAAAAUGCGUAUCCUUCGCCUCCGGCAAGCCCCUCUGAGAACGGCAAGAGAUCUUUGCCAUCUUUAAUGACCUUUAUUACGCGGCUGGUCCGCUACACGAACGUUUACACGUCGACACUUCUCACGGCUACCUGCUAUCUGCACAAAUUGCAGAAAAUUCUACCCAAAGACGCCCAUGGUCUGCCCUCUACGAGCCACCGCAUUUUCUUGGCGUGUUUGAUUCUCAGUGCCAAAUACCACAACGACUCGUCGCCCCAAAACAAGCACUGGGCAGAGUACACUGAUGGUGUGUUCUGUUUGGAGGACGUGAACCUGAUGGAGCGUCAGCUGCUGCAAUUGCUGAACUGGGAUCUCCGGGUGGAGGAGCAGAUGCUUUGUGACUCCCUCGAGUCCUUGCUGGCACCCAUCAGAUACGAUUUGGAGAGAUCUCGCAAAGCAAUGGCUCGCAACCAGUACCAUCAGCGCAACAUGAGUGCAUCUUCAAGCACGAGCACACUGAUCGGCACUCCUAGCCUUCAAUCUCUCAAAUCGCUGCCGGCUCUGCCCAAGCUUCCAUCGCUGCCCAGACUGGCGUCGUGGUCGUCGUCCUCGUCGACACCCAAGACACUGCCGAAUAAGCUGGCGCAGCCGGACUCGUCAAUUGUAUAUAUGCGCAGCGACUAUAGUACUGCUACGCUGGUUUAA